GCGUAUCUUAAUCUUGCUAUUCAGUGUUAGAUGACCACUGCAACCACUGAUAUUCCCACGGAAACUACUUGGUACACUUUGCCAUUUACCGUGCGAACGCCAACUCUUGCUCAAGCCACUAUGGAACGAGAAGUGACUCAUGGUGAAUCAAAUGAAUCGAGCCGCCUCCUUCAACAGCUUUUGGAGGAACGGCGGCGGCGCUUGGAGAAACGCUUGGCUGAUGAGACAUUCACGCGUGACCGAAGCCCACGGAAGCUGCUGGCUUCUUUUGAGCAGCAGCUCACGCCUGUGACACCCAAGGACUUUGAGAUUAUUUCACCCACGCGCACCUGCUCGACUGGUUUGUGGGAGCCACAGUGUUUGGAAGCUGAUCCGGAGGUUUGCCGACGUUGUGGUGGAGAUGUCGCACCAACCUGCUCCUUUUGCCGCCAUUGUGGGCACAGAUUGGAGGACCUCCCUGUUCCUUUGCACAGACGUGAAGAUGGCCAUCGAUCAGCAUCCUCUCGAAGCUUCCACGCUCGACUCGAGAGCUCCUCGCAGCAGUACCAGCUGAAGCGUCACGUCCGGCGACAAGAGCAGGAGGAGGAGCUUGCAAGACAGUGCACAUUCCAACCGGUGAUUAACAACAAGUCGGAGGUCUUCGCCCAACGUGCACGAGGAUGCUAUGCAGAGGCCUUGCCGGAAAGGCUUGGACCCAACGAUGCGAGACGAAGGACUGCUCUGAGAGAUCAGGCCAAAGAACUCCUUCAAGCUGAUGACCUCUAUGAGUGCACCUUCACGCCCCGAAUCAACCGGAGCUCUGACAAUGGCGGAGUGCCCCUGCAUUUGAGGACGAAAGCUAUCCAGCAAUGGAAGCAGGACCGGGUCAGAGCCCUUCAGGAAGCUAACCUCAAGCAAGGGCGCUCUUUUAAGCCCAAGAUUUCGGCCAGAAGCCAGCAGCUGGCUCAGCAACGCAAUGGCAAUUGCAGGGCAAGAAGCCAUGACGGCUGUUACCAGCGGCAAAGUGCAGAGGCCACACAAGUGAAGAGUGAUCCUCGCUGCGCCUGCGACAGCUCCCAGAGGACACUGCUAAAUCCUUCGCAAGCUUCACCGAAGGCCACAUCUCAGUGCCAGGACUUUCUUGUACGUCAAGCGAAGUUCGAGCAAGAGAGGAAGUUUCGGAAGGACGUGCGACAGCGGCAUGCUUCCGCAGAGUGCCCUUUCAAGCCGAAAAUUAGCGACGUUAGUGAACAAAUCACAGCAUGCAACGUCCAGCUGAUUGGUGAAACACCUGAAGAACGGAUUGAACGACUUGCUGUGACAGAUGUCAAUCGAAGACAACUUAGACAGCAAGAGGUCCAGCAGCACCUUGACAGGGCGUGCACCUUCAAACCUGCCUUAAGCCCACAUACUGAAGCGAUUGCUUCAGCUCGACGGGCGUCGUCCCCUUCAGGAGUGCAUGAAAGGCUCUAUGUCGAGGCCAAGACGCGCGCGAAAGAACCUGCAUCUCCUGAGUGCAGCUCAAAUCGCAGCUCCUUUCGCCCGCAGCUGGACCCUGUCAGUCUGAAGCGCUUCGCUCAUGUGAAGGCACAUUACCGGAAGCCAGCGGACAUCAUGGAAAGCAUUCGGCAACAGCAAGAUCGUCGGGCUGAAAAGGUGCUCAGGCGAUUUGAAGAAAAGGCACUGGCAGAGACAGCUGAUUGCACCUUUCGUCCAGAACUUUGCAGGUCAAUGAAGUCCUCAGAUGCCCCUGUGGUAGUGAGUGGCUUGGGUCGCUUCUUUGAACUCCGAACUUUGGCACAGAGACAGGAGAUGGAGCAGCGAGCUUAUGAAGCCAAAGUAUUCCGGCAAGGCUGUGCCCAUGGUCCACCCAUGGGCGUCACCAUCCCAGAGCCUUUUGCCCUUUCUGAGUCCAACAGCUGUUCAAACUCGACUGUGACGCCGCGAGGCUCUUGGCGGACACAGUUGGCCCACAGUGGUUAAUGUAUAGUUUGCCUUUGCUUGCAGGGUGCACCGGAAGCAUUUGGGCUCACACCACGUUGAGUUUGUGGUGUAGUAGCUGCCCGAUGUGCCGAGCAGGCAUUAGGUCAGUAUGACUAUCUCUUAAUGUUAGUGGAUUCUGUGACGGCCAGUGGCCUUGGAUGCGGGGGUAGCCAACUGCACAAUAGCAAUAGAUGUGCCGGGCCUACCACCUGGCUGAGGCUAUAACUGGUGGAAGCAACUUCAUCUAAUUCAGGCAGUGCCAAGGGUCACCGAUAAAGCGGCAGAACACCUGCCCUCAGCCAGAGACCAGCGGCACAUUGGUAAUUAAGAAA